AUGUCCAAGGAGAAAAAGGAGAAGAAGGAGAAGGCAGAGCAGGAUGCUGUGUCGACGGGGUGCACGAUUGUGUGCCCACCUGAUCGUCAUAUACCAGUCGAGUUUCACGAAAUCUAUUCGCUCGUUAGGACUGGCAUGUCAAUAGCGGAGCGUUCACGUUUUGAGCAGAUCGCUCAACUCGUGGAGAGCUUGUACGCUCAGGAGUUCAUGGCUCUCAAACGCAAUAUCCGCCACAACUUCCUCCGCUUCUCCAUGGGCGCCAAGGACCAGCCGCUCAUCAGCUGUGUGGGCGGGGGGCUGCCCACGGUGGCGGAGCUGGACAUUGCGGAACAGAAACUGAUUGCGGACUUUAUGCAGCUGAUGGUGGCUGCCCGGUUCCACAUCCUGACCACGGGGGAGUGGGAGCUGGCCAAGGCGGAUAAGUUUAUGUUCUCUUUGCCGGUGGAAGUGAACUGGUCGUACUACGAUGACAAAAUGCUCCGUACCUUUUGGUCCUCCACUGCGGAGCGCCGGGCUCUGCGGUCCCGUCUCCCAGACCUGUCCGACCGGGUGUUGGUGUUUCACCGGGGCAUUACCGUGGCUCAGGCCUCCGGGCUUUACACCGGGGAGAAAGUGGACCUGCUGGUGGAUUACCUGAUCACACAGCCGCUAAUGAAGUUGUGGAACUAUCUUCGCGGUCGGGCCGCGCCGCCUCCCCCCCAGCACUCCCUCAACCUCACCGACUCCGACCACUCGGCGAGGAAGGUGGUUGAGAGGCGGACGUUGCGACUGUUGAUGCCAACCGCCUGGGCGGUUAUUAAGAACCUCCACAAGAAGCUCAAGCUGCAGGAGCCCGCCUUCAAGGAGGUGGUGGUGCUGUACCGGGCAGCCCUCUCGCGGAAGAAGCACAAGCUGCCCGCUCUGCAGCGGCCCCUGGAGCAGCGGCAGCGGGAGAUCCUGGCGGGAAGGAACAUCCACAUAAAGUGCUUCCACGACAUUCCAAUGGCCGAUAUGGACGUCAUAUUCGCGGAGAAGAAGGCAAGGGGGGGGGGUAGGGGGGUUUACCUGAAGAUGUUGACCAUCAUUCAAAUGGUCGUCACUGUCGUCGGCGGGCUGGCGGCAGCGCUCAUGGUGCUGUUAAAGCUAUUUCCAAACGACAACUCUCCUCAGGGCGAUGUUGUGGAUAUGAACGUCCUGUGGUCGAGCAUCAGUCUGGUGGCUGCUCGGUGCGGCCAGGUCUACACGAGCGCGCAAGCGGAGCGCUCCAAAACUAUUCAGGACAUGGUGAACAUCUUGUACGACAAGACGGACGAUGCGCAAGAAGGCGUCGUGUCCAUGUUGUUGGAGGACAUGGCUGAGCAGCAGCUCAAGGAAGCCAUUCUGACGUACGGCUUGUUGUACAGCCGGGAAGCCGAACUGACGGAGGAGUUGAUUGACUUGGAUUGUGAGCGCUUCCUGGUCAACAACUUUGACCUCUCGGUUGACUUUGCCGUGGAGGACGCCCUCCCUCGACUCGAGAGCUGGGGCAUGGUGAAGCGCGUUCCCAACAGAACGGGCAAUAGUCCCAAUCACAAAAUCUGCAGGUUCGAGGCCGUCCAUCCGGAGACCGCCGCCUCCCGCCUCCUGGAGCGCUGGCAGAGCUCCUUCUCCGCCCUCUCCAGGCCGCCGGAGACCGCCACCUUCCCCCUCAGCAACUUGGUCGCGGCGGCGGCGGCGGCAGCAGCGGCUUCGCCUGCGCCUGCGGCGCCGUCGACACCGCUGGCCUCGACGCCGGUGAAGACGUCCCCGUCGGUCGGCGCCGGCGGCGGUGGUGACAAGGCGGGCGCGCGCGGUGGUGGAGGUGGUGGUAGCGGGCUAUUUUCGUCGUUGAGUUCAAAGGAGAAGAAAACCUAG